UCUCGCGAGAGCCUGGAGGGGGCGGGCGCGUUGUCCCGCGGCGGACGGAGCCCGAGAUGGAGCCGGAGAGUCUGGAGUCGAGGAUCAACCGAGCUACCAACCCCCUCAACAAAGAACUGGACUGGGACAGCAUCGAGGCCUUCUGCGAGCAGCUCAACAAGGAGCUGGAAGGGCCUCCCCUGGCCACCCGACUGCUGGCCCACAAGAUCCAGUCUCCACAAGAAUGGGAAGCUACCCAGGCCCUGACGGUCCUGGAGAUGUGCAUGAAGAACUGUGGCAAGCAGUUCCAUGAUGAGGUGGGCAAAUUCCGCUUCCUCAACGAGCUCAUCAAGGUGGUGUCGCCAAAGUACCUGGGCACCCGCACCCCGGACAAGGUGAAAGAUAAGAUUCUGGAACUGCUGUACAGCUGGACCCUGGGGCUGCCUCAGGAGGUGAAGAUUGCCGAGGCCUACCAGAUGCUGAAGAAGCAAGGGAUUGUAAAGACUGACCCCAAGCUCCCUGAGGACAGCCCCUUUUCAGCACCCCCCACGCGGCCCAAGAACGGGAUCUUUGAAGACGAGGAGAAGUCCAAGAUGCUGGCCCGGCUGCUGAAGAGCUCCCACCCAGAGGACCUGCGAGCCGCCAACAAGCUCAUCAAAGAGAUGGUCCAGGAGGAUCAGAAGCGGAUGGAGAAGAUCUCCAAGCGGGUCAACGCCAUCGAGGAAGUGAACACCAACGUGCGGCUGCUGACCGAGAUGGUGACUGGCUACAGCCAGGGAGAGACCUCGGUCAGCAACGACGAGCUCAUGAAGGAGCUCUACCAGCGCUGUGAGCGGAUGAGGCCCAUGCUGUUCCGGCUGGCCAGUGACACCGAGGACAAUGACGAGGCCUUGGCGGAGAUAUUGCAGGCAAAUGACAACCUCACCCAGGUGAUCAACCUCUACCAGCAGCUGGUGAAGGGAGAAGAGGUCAAUGGGGACACAGCCUCCGGCCCCCUUCCGGGUAGCACCUCUGCUCUCCUGGACCUCUCCGGACUGGACAUGCCUCCAGCAGGCUCAGCCAGCCCAGCCCUCCCCAGUCUUGCAAGUGGCGUGGCCAGGCCAGAGCAGCCCACCUCGCUGUCCCUGCUCGAUGAUGAGCUCAUGUCUCUAGGCCUCAAUGAUCCUACACCUCUCGCAGCCUCAGGUCUGGACGAUGGAGGAUGGAAUAGCUUCCAGCAGUCAUCAGACAGCUCCGAGCUCCCCGGGGCCACUCCCAAGACUGAGAGCCAGCCCUUGCCCCCGACGCCGCCAGCGUCCUCCAGCGGGCUCGACGACCUGGACCUCUUAGGGAAGACGCUGCUGCAGCAGUCCCUGCCCCCGGCGUCUCAGCAAGUGCGGUGGGAGAAGCAGCAGCCAGCCCCUCGGCUCACCCUGCGUGACCUCCAGAACAAGAGCAGCCCCAGUGCCCCGACGCUGCUCCCCAGCAGCUCCUGCAAUCCUCCCACGCCCCCACGGCCUGCAGAGCUGGCGCAUGAGCUCUCCCUGGCUAACAUCACUGUGCCGCUGGAGUCCAUCCGACCCAGCAGCAUCCUGCCCGUAACUGUCUAUGACCAGCAUGGCUUCCGCAUCCUCUUCCACUUUGCCCGGGACCCUCUGCCCGGCCGGCCUGAUGUGCUGGUUGUGGUGGUUUCUAUGCUGAGCACGGCCCCAAAGCCUAUCCGGAACAUUGUCUUUCAGUCUGCUGUCCCCAAGGUUAUGAAAGUGAAGCUGCAGCCCCCCUCGGGCACUGAGCUGCCCGCCUUCAACCCCGUCUUCCACCCUGCAGCCAUCACACAAGUCCUGCUGCUUGCCAACCCCCAGAAGGAGAAGGUCCGUCUCCGGUACAAGCUCACCUUCACCCUGGGGGACCAGGCCUACCACGAGAUGGGGGACGUGGACCAGUUCCCCCCUCCUGAGUCUUGGGGAAGCCUCUAGAAGCAGGCCGGGGAAGGGAAGGGUGCCAGAGGCUCCAAGGAGGCAGGCGAGGACUCCCAUCCCAUACAGCGGCCCUCCCCCCUUCUCAGGGCCCACGCUGCGCCCACUCCUGUCCUCUCUGGUUAGGACUUCGCUGGGAACCGUGUGCUCCCCGGCGGCCAGGGAUGGGGGCCAGCUUCCUCCUCGGUAGCCACGCACACUGGGGUUUGGUGCUUCUCCCUGGUGUCCCUCCGCCUUCCUCUGCCUCCCUCCCCGAGCUCCACCCAGAAGGAGAGACCGAGGCCGGGGCCCCCUCGCUCCAGGACAACAGCCUCGUCUCCUUCCAGUCCAUCCCUUGGCCAGGGACGUCCUGCUUCGGUGUCGAGAUGUGAGAGGAUGGGGCAGGGAGGUGGAUGAGCGUCUGUCCCUUCUGGGCCCUGGGGCCCUCAGCACCAUUGUAGCAGUCCUGGGAAGGCGCCAGGCUGACCCUGGAACUGGGUGGGGCCAGAGCCCUGCUCUCUUAUGCCUUAUGGGAAGGACUAGCCAUAAGCCAGGGGUGGCCUUACCGGAGUAGGGAUUGUUCUGCGGGACCCAGAGCCUCCCCUUCUCCCUCCCCCCUUGGGGGACACGGGGGCUAGCACCCCCCACAGGAACUGGGUUGAAUUCGGGGUCUUCGCCUCCAGGUGUUUGCACUUGUCUGGUGUGGGAUGUGGUUUUCUUUCCUUUCGUUUGAGUCUGUCUCUGUCCACCCACAGUCUGGGUGGAGAGUGUGGCUGGGGAAGGGAACCCCCUAAAACCCGCCUUCCUUCCUCCACCUCCCGUUUGUCUCCCUUGCUACAAGCAUGGCUGAGAGGAGGUGGGCGUGGGCAGGGGCAGUCUAGGCCCAGGUCCCUGGGUGGGAUGGGGAAGGAGUGGUUGGGCCCAGGUCACGCCUUGGGUGGGAGGAUGGGGACGCCCAGAGUGGGGUCUACCCUGUGGGUGGGCUUGGGUUUUCCAAGCAGCUUCUCCCUUGCUGGGCUUCUCCACGUCUCUCCUCUGUCGUGGGCCUACAGGAUUGCUGCCCAUGUGUGGCUCGCGUGUCCACCUGUGGUCAGAGGGAUGUUGUGCUGCAUUGAAUGUGGUGUAUUUAUGGGACAUAAUAAAGAGUUCUUUCCUGGAC